CUUCCCCAUCGUGGAUGCUCAGUUCUCGUGUGGGAAUUGCUCUUAUUUUCUCUCUCUAGGAACUAAUCACGUUCACUCAAACUUCUCUCUCCUCCUAUGAGCUGAACCUUCAGAGGCUGAAGUGUAGACAUUGGUGGCUUAAAUAAUGGGGUCUAAUUCAUUGAAGGAUUAUCUGAAAAGGUAUGAAAGUAACACUGAAGAAGAGAAGAAAAAUAAGAAGAAGAGGAAGCAGAAGAAGAAAAGUCAACCACAAGCAACUGGGUUGUUAGUCGUGGAUGAAGAUCCCACAUGGCAGAAACCCAUAGAUCUUGGAGAAGAAAAUGAUGAUAACUCAUCUGAUGGGGACAAGCCACAAAUUGAUGAAGACAUUGAAGUGAAGCGAAUGAAGAGGCUUGAGCAGCUCAAGGCCAGACGUCCUUAUCAUGCUAUAUCAGAGGAUGGAAGUGGUUGGAUUUCACUUUCUUCAAAAUCUGCCAAUCCUACUGACUUAAAUAAUGAUAUGUCUCCACCCCGUAAACGAAGGGUUCAAAAUGACACACCUUCACCAGAACCUGAAUUAAAUCCUUCUACUUCUAAUAGAAAGGGUGUUGAUUUAUCACCUUCUGAUCAGCUGUUGAAACGCUAUGACACUCCGUCACCUGAACAUGAUUCGCAACUAGCGCAUUUCAAGGGGCUGAAUUCUGACUUAUCUCCCCCUCGUAAGCACACAGUUCAGAGUGUUACAAUUUUAGCAACUCGUGAGCCAAGGUCAUCAGAGUCAAAAUUUGAAGAUACUGAUUUAUCACCUCCACAGAAGCGACGCAAAGGUCACCGUACUCCAUCGGUUCAACCUGAUACAGAUUCUGCUCAUAUUUCUAACCCGAGUCCUGACAUUUCCCCCCCUCGCCGGCGUCAUUGUCAAACAUCUGAUGACAAUGGAAAACAUAAUUAUGAGACUUCUGAUUUGCAUGAUCUUUCUCCGCCUCGACGAGGUCGUCAUGAUUCUCCCUCUCGAGAUAAUAUACAUGGAUCUGCAGCAUCAGACCUUUCACCCCCAAGGAAAAGGAAGAAGAAUGUUGCAAGAUCGGGUUUGUCUGAUCUUUCUCAGCCAUCUUUGGAUCCUGACCUAUCUCCACCAAGGAAAAAUCCAAAGGAGCUAUCCAUUCUAGGAUCUGUUAAUGAUAGAAAAACAGGUUUAAUGUCUGGUAAGGAUAUCAAGGACGAGAUUGACAGAAAGAAGAAGGAAGAUUUGUUGAGAUUUAAACAGAUGGAUGCUUCCAUCAGUGGGCGAGGUGCUGAACCUGUAUAUCGUGAUAAAAUAAAAGGAGUACGCAUUUCUAAAGAGGAAUACAUGAAGUCAAAACAGAAAGUAGAAGAAAAGCCCAAGGAGAAGGAAAUAGAAUGGGGCAAGGGCUUGGCUCAAAAGCGGGAAGCUGAGGCUAGGUUAAAGGAAAUAGAACUUGAGAAGGAGAAGCCUUUUGCGCGGACCAGAGAUGAUCCUGAACUUGACAAAAUGCUGAAGGAGAGAAUAAGAUGGGGUGAUCCUAUGGCAAAUCUGGUAAAGAAAAAAUAUCCGGAGCCUGUUCUUCUGAACUUGGGGGAAAAUGAGAAGAUGAAGGAAUCAGGUUUUGUUGUUCCUCAGGAUAUUCCAGACCACAGCUGGUUAAAAAGAGGUUUAGAUGCAGCUCCAAAUCGGUAUGGGAUAAGGCCUGGACGGCACUGGGAUGGUGUUGAUCGUAGUAAUGGGUUCGAGAAGCAGUCGUUCAAGAGAACAAAUGAAAGGCAAGCUAGAGACAGAGAAGCUUAUCUUUGGUCCGUGUCUGAUAUGUGAAAAAUGACAUUAUAAAGAUACAAAGGGUGGUUGACGAUGCAUAAGUCCAAGUAUUCAGAGAGUCACAUUGGAAGGCAUGUUUUGUAAUGAUGUGGAUUUUGAGGGAUUUAAUGUUUGAUAUGGCCAAGAUUGUGCAAUGGAAAAGGUUCUUGGUUCCAUUGCUCUAGGGAACAGUCUUUAUUUGGGAAAGUUGAUAAGCCCUAGUUGUUCUUAGUAUAUAACUAGUCUUAACUAUUCAAAUCCUUCAGAACAAUAGGGUUAAUUUGUUAGCCUCAUACCGAUGACAACACACGGGAAAAUUUCCAAUUGCAUUGAUUAGCCACAACUUAUUUUUAAUAUCGUCAAGUUUUU